AUGGCGAUGGAGCACACGGUGGCGUUGGCGAUCGAUUUCGAACGCGGUGCGAUUGCGACCGAGACGGCGGAGGACGAGCGCGCGAUGCGUUCGAUGACGGACGAGCCCACUCUCGCGUCGUUGUGCGAGCGCUUAGAUUCCGUGCGGAACAUCUGCCUGUGUUCCAACGCCGCCGACGCGUGCAAAAUGGCGUACUCUUAUCCAGAGAUUCUUCUCACGAAGAGGAAGCUAGCUGAGAUGAUCAGAGUUCACCCAACCCUCCGAGAUGCACAGAUUCUGAGAAUGUGGCGUGAGGAAAUAACUCAAAAUAUGAUGCGAGUGGGUGCUAUGGAGCGACAUGUUUUGCAUACGCACAUGUCGCGUGGGCAAAUGAAGUUUCCGAGGGACUUCUACAUUUCAGUACACGACGUCAAAAGAUUGAGACAACGUGCUAGUUGCAAGGAAUGGAAGAAGGAUGAAUCUGAGAUGGGCUCAAUCUUCAAGAUGAUCAUGCAAGAUGAGGGUGUCACUGUCAUACGUUUUAGCGGCAUGGAAGUGGCGCCUGCGCGUGUGCACGGUCGCGUCGUCCCGGAGGAUGACCCUUUCGGUGGAAGUCCCGAGAGGGUCAAGGUGAAGGAAGAAGAAAAUUCAUUCGAGUGCAUGUGGUGUCAGUACAGAUCGAAGGACACCAGCAUUCUGAAGAAUCACAUCUUAACAUGUCUCCAUCGGGAUUUUCGAGAAGACGAGGCCUCCACUAAGGUGGACAGGUACAUCGAGUCGUGUGUGACGGGGGUUCCCCGAGUAAGUGGUUGGGAUGAGGAGAAGUCGUCGUGGUGGUGCGCACGAAAGCUUGAAUUGCAGGCGAGAUUAUCGAGCCUGUACGAUUGCAUAGCCACCAAUUUGAAUCAAAUUCUGUCUCCUGUGAAGGAUAAUCAACAGACGGAACUGGCGAUUGUGCCAUACGUUCCGCGGGAUGUAACAGAGAGCGAGGCGGGGGCAAGUAAGAAAGAGUACCUUGAUCACCUACGCGCAGAGCCCGAUUUCAGUUUUGACAGACGCCUCGAAGAACAUCAGAAGAACGCAAUCGAAGAGGUGUUUCAGGAUCCGCAGCAAAAUCGGGUGAUAUCUCAGGGUGCGAUGAGUGACGCGUACACCCCCGUCACUGUUCAUGAUUUUCAGACUCUCAGGGACGGCCAGUGGUUAAAUGAUGCCGUCAUCGACUGGCAACUUCAAUUUCUCAACCGAAUAGAGCGUGAGCGUAUGCAGGUGCGUGGCGACGACGUUCCUCGGGUGUAUUUCUUCCAGGUCGCGGUCAUGAAUCUAAUGACGCAUCGGUGGGUCAAAACAUGCAAAGAGGCGAGUGAGAAGGGACACCCGGAACCCCUUUAUGAAUGUGGGAAAUACUAUGACUACAAGAACGUAAACAGGACGUUACGGAAAACGCGAAGAAAACCGUAA